GGCGGCAACUGGAAAAUCGGAGCUACGCGGGAUGAGGAACCUUGGGAGGAAACAGUCGACACUAAUGCCUUUGGGUGGAUUGAGAGUCAAUCGACAUGGAUGGUGCACAAAGAAGACGACAAUGCAACUUAUACCAAGAUUGCCAAAGCUAUCGCAAACGGUGUCAACAAGACGGAUAUUGGCAAACUGGUUAAGGAGCAUGGAGAAGAGGUUAAAGUGGCUACUAUUGGGCUAUAUUAA